GAUGGUGGAUCAAAUCAUCAAGUAAACAAGGAAGAAAAUGGUCUACCAACUGAAAACUCAACUGGUUUUUCUCUUCCUUCUCUGGGGUUCAUGGGCAUUUCUGUGCUAUGGUCUCCCAAGUGAGUACUCCAUAUUGGCCAUCGACCUUGACAAGUUUCCUUCAGAGGAAGGGGUGGUGGAGCUGUUUCAACGAUGGAAGGAGGAGCACCGAAAGUCUUACGAACACCCUGAAGAAGCAAAGUUAAGGUUGGAGAAUUUCAAGAGGAACUUGAAAUACAUCGUAGAGAAGAACGCAAAGCGAAAUUAUCCUUACGGGCACAGUCUAGGAUUGAACAGGUUUGCUGACAUGAGCAAUGAAGAGUUCAAGCAUAAGUUUAAUUCAAAGGUAAAGAAGCCAUUAGGCAAAAGACACGACUUGCCUAAUAAGGAUGACUCAUGCGAAGAUGCACCUUACACUUUGGAUUGGAGGAAGAAGGGUGUUGUGACUGGUGUCAAGGACCAAGGACACUGUGGUAGUUGUUGGGCAUUCUCUUCUACUGGAGCCAUGGAAGGAAUAAAUGCAAUUGCGACAGGGGACCUUGUUAGCCUUUCAGAACAGGAACUUGUGGACUGUGAUAGUACUAAUGAUGGAUGUUAUGGAGGCUACAUGGACUAUGCUUUUGAAUGGGUCAUGCACAAUGGUGGAAUCGACUCAGAAACUGAAUAUCCAUACACUGGUGUAGAGGGUAGAUGCAAUGUCACCAAGGAGAAAACAAAGGUUGUUAGCAUUGAUGGCUACUCCGAUGUGGGACAAUCAGAUAAUUCCCUGUUGUGUGCUACAGUGAAGCAACCUAUCAGUGUUGCUAUAGAUGGUUCUUCAUGGGAUUUUCAGCUAUACACUGGCGGUAUCUAUGAUGGACAUUGCUCAAGUGAUCCAGAUGAUAUUAAUCAUGCAGUUCUAAUUGUUGGUUAUGGCUCAGAGGAUGAUGAAGAUUACUGGAUUGUAAAGAAUUCAUGGGGAACCUCAUGGGGAAUGGAAGGGUACAUUUAUAUUAAAAGGAAUACUCACUUAAAAUACGGAGUGUGUGCAAUCAAUUACAUGGCUUCUUACCCUACCAAAGAGCCUACUGCUCCAUCCCCAAGUAGUCCUCCAUCACCGACUUCACCACCGCCACCGCAACCACUACCACCUCCGCCGCCACCUCCACCUCCACCACCACCACCACCAGCUCCACCGAUUAGAUGUGGAGAUUUCUCAUAUUGUUCAGCUCAUGAGACAUGUUGUUGCCUUCAUAGGUUUUAUCAUUUCUGCCUCGUUUAUGGUUGCUGUGAAUAUGAGAAUGGUGUGUGUUGCCGUGGAACCGAGUAUUGCUGUCCUAGUGAUUUCCCCAUCUGUGUUACUGAACACAGACUCUGUCUUAAGCACCACAAAGAUUCGAUUGGAGUUCCUGCAAAGAAGAUGAAAUCCGGAAGUCACAAGUUACCAUGGACUAAAUUAGAACAAACAGAAAACACAUUUCAACCCCUUGUGAUGAGGAAUGUUUUCGCUGCAGUGCUUUGAAUUUACUUCUUUCCCUCUUCUCUUUUUAUGUUUGGAUUUGCUCAAGAAAAAUAAUAUGUUAACACCGCCAAUCAUUAGGUAUGUCUAUUAUAUAAUUACUUUUCUUAAUAAAAUAUUAUAUUUGAAGCACGUAUAUUAA